AUGGCGGGGAAGAUGACCUUGUACAAGCUGGUGGUGUUGGGUGACGGAGGUGUGGGAAAGACCGCGUUAACCAUCCAGCUCUGUCUCAACCACUUCGUCGAGACGUACGACCCGACCAUCGAGGACUCGUACCGCAAGCAGGUGCAGAUCGACGGCCAGUCGUGCAUGCUGGAGGUGCUGGAUACCGCAGGCCAGGAGGAGUACACGGCGCUGCGGGACCAGUGGAUAAGAGACGGCGAGGGCUUCGUCCUGGUCUACAGCAUCUCGUCGCGCUCCUCGUUCGCACGCAUACAGAAGUUCCACCAUCAGAUACAACGCGUCAAGGAGUCCGCUCUGUCCAGCUCCCCCACCUACCCCGGCUCCCCCCUCAGCGCCACCUCCGCCGGCUCGGGAUCCUUCGGCCCUUCGCCCAUCAUGCUCGUCGGCAACAAGUGCGACCGCGUCACCGAGCGCGAGGUCUCCACCCAGGAGGGUAGCGCGCUGGCCAGGGAACUGGGAUGCGACUUCGUCGAGGCGUCUGCGAAAAAUUGCGUCAACGUGGAGAAGGCCUUCUACGACGUCGUGCGCCAGCUCCGCCGCCAACGCCAGCAGGCCGGCAGGAACUCCAAGAGCUCCGACCCCAAGGGAGGCAAGGGUGCCCGCACGCCCACCGCCGGUCCCCGAGGAGAUCGUCGCUACAGGGACGACAAGGGCGGCAGAGGAGGAAAGGAUCACAAGCCCAAGUGCGUCAUCCUCUAA